AUGAACACUAUGGUGCAAGAGCCAUAUGUGAAUCACAUCGCCACGCUUGUCAGUCGGACCAUUAGCAUCGACCGCGUGGUGGACGAAUUUAUCAUGACAUUCACGCAUGGCUCGGAGACCGACUGGUUGAUCCCUGGCAUCUCCCCUCCAGGCCGGAAGCUGGAAAUCCCCUUCAUGGCGGUCUUUAAUAUCCGAGGCGACCGGCUCUACCAUGAGCACAUCGUCUGGGAUCAGGCGAGUGUGCUGCGGCAGCUCGGCUUGCUGCCGGAGUAUUUGCCUUAUCCCCAUCCGCGUCCAGCUGGAGAAAGACCAACCCCGGGCAAGCGCCUGCAGGUCCGCGUCCCUGCCGCAGGCACCGAGACUGCCGCCAAGAUGCGGAAUAAGAAUGCUGUACCAUCGAAUUUGCUCUUAAAUGGAGGUGUGAGGGAGGUGUGGUCUGUGUAA